AUGACUAACGAAAAGAAAGUAACUUUUUUGCAAGACAUCAAUGAGAAUUCGAUUGAUUACGCCAUCAAGGUUAACAUAUUGCAUCUUUGGAAGUGUUUUUUUCACAAAAAUUCCACUAAUGCAUCCAGCCUUGAUAUGAUUUUGGUAGAUAAACAGGGCACAAAGAUAUAUAGCUCAAUACCUUACAAUUUGAUUAAAGAUUUCGAACAUCUACUUGAAGAAGGAGGGUUCCGAUUAAUCUCAAACUUUGAAGUGAAACCCAAUAAAUCAUCGUUUGUGUUAGCUAAACACCCAUGUAAGCUAAACUUUCUGAAAGAGACAUCUGUUUCUGAUGCAACUGCGUUUGAAAGCGUUGGAGAGCUUUUUGAAUUUUGUUCGUUUGAACUGAUUAACAAAGGCAAUGUUGAUGCGAAUGCAUCUUUUGAUAUCAUAGGUCAAGUUAUUGAGAAUAAACCUCUUCGUGUCAUGGGAACCGGCAACCUUACAAGACAUAUUCUUGAAUGUCAACUUCGGGAUGACAAAGGGACUAUUGUAUCAUGUGCCUUGUGGGAUAACUAUGCAAAACAAUUCCUCGAGUAUGUCUCAACUAACAAAAACAGUGACGACCCUGUGAUAAUUCUCUUACAACUCGCAAGGUUUAACAUCUGGAAGAAGAAACCACAAGUCUCCAAUUGCAUGUAUGGAGCAAAGCUUUAUAUCAAUGAAAACAUGAGGCCUAUACUUGAAUUCAAGGAGAGUUUAAAAGGAAAACGUUUUGGAAUGGAUUCCUCUAAACAAUAUCCAAAACUUUUAAGCAAAGUGAUACUAAUCAAGCCUCAAGAUUCUUAUUUGAAGUUUCCUUUGAAGGGCAUUGUUGAGUUGCUUCGUAUAACAGAGCCUACUACAUGUGUUGUUGUUGGGAAGAUAACAAGCAUCAUAACUGACCAAGGUUGGAACUACUUAGCAUGUUGUAAAUGCAAUAAGAAGGGCGAUACCCAUCAUAUAUACCCAAAUGAAUUUAACUCUAUUCUCGACAAAAGGUAUGUGUUGAAAGUUGAGAUCAGCAAAUUCAACGUGAAAAACAAGUACAAAAUAUUCACGGUCUUUAAUCUUUCAAAUGAUGCGGAUGUCAUAAACUCUGUUUUGGACCAGCCUGGAACCAAAGAGAAUGCAAUAAACUUGGAUGAUGAGAGCGACCAGGAUGAAGUUGGAAAUUUGAAAGACCCAAAAAUCGAGGAAAGUCCCAAUGCUCUGACCAAAAAGAGGGAAAACGACGACCAAGAGAAUGAAGAUGCCAAGUAUAAGAUCCCAAAAAUUGAGAAAGACUGA